ACGCACGUUGCAUACGUACGUGCAUGUUCUGCUGCGGGGGAGGUCAAAUCAUCACGUUUUACUGUACACAGAAUACUCCAUUGGUGUUAUUGCUGGAGAUUCAUGCACAAAACGUGCAAUAUGUGUCAAGAAUCAAGCAGCGAAAAACUUUGUGAUGGAAAAAAAGCGGAACUACUACCAGACAUGGUAUCGCUAGAGAAACUACAACUCAGUCAGCGGCAGACUGCCCAGAAAGAACUGGAAAACGAGCGCCUUAUAAACCAGCUGAAGGAGGUAAUUGCCAUGAAUGUAAGAUGGCAAAGGUACGACGACCAACGCGAGACGUACGUCCGUAAGUUACACGCGGCUAACAGGGAGCUACAUAGCAAACUCGCAGCGACAGAGAAGACAUGCGCAGAGCUGCAACAGCAAAUGUCCCGCAAGAAUUUACAAGAAGAGCGCCCAGACCUCUCGGGUUCAACAUCACCGCCGAAAGAUUCCAAGGCGUCGCAGGAGAGGUCCGAUCGAACUGUGCCUUUUUGUGCCCUGGACGCUAAGUUUGCUAGGAAGGAGAAAGAGAUUGCUACUUUGACGGAUCAAAUUGAACGUCUUGAAGCACAGAUUGCAUCCUUGCAGAGGUCAGAGGCAAAAAGACGAGACGAUGAAGAAGAACACAUUGCACUCUUCAAAGCUCAGUUAGAGGUAUGCAUGGAGGACUUCAGACAAGAGAGAAGCGAUCGCGAGAGAAUAAAUGCCGAGAGACAGUGUCUAAGACAACAGCUGGAUGAAUCUGAGCAAACAAUUACCAGACUUCACCAAGAGGUUGCUGACCUUGUUGAGGAGAUUUGUUGGUUACGAGACCGACCUUCAAGGUUGACUCAUCACUACAGAGACCCGACUGUGGGAGCCGCAUCCCCUGGUCUAACCCAUCAUUAUAGGUACUACCCAAACUCUGCGUCCAAGAACUACACCAAGAGGAGAGGCGUGCCGGAAACGACAAGGCGAAUGAGGGCUUACUACGGACAUGAUGUACCCGACCAGGAUUCGGUAUGUCAUUUACCUAGCGAUGUCACGAUCGAUGGCGAGGACAGUAACGAUGGUGUCACAUCGCCGUCUGCCGUUAUUCCAACCGCAUCCUUGGCUGAGGGCGAUUCCGAUGCGCUAGUUUCGAUCGACGGUGGUAACGGGAAGGCUUCAUCGCUCGAUAUGACAGAAGUACGAGACUGUAUCCACGAUCUUAGCGACGAGGCUACUGAGGAGAAGCCCUUGGCAUGUCCGCUUUGUCUGAUCGAGUUCCCAGUGGAAAAACACGCCGAGUUAUUGAAACAUAUUGAGCUCUGCUCUGGGGAUACGGACAUCCCCGCAGACUAAGCUGAAAGCUAACUAUGGGUUUCACACCUAUCCAGUUUGAAGUGACUUUCUACUUCUAUACUUUGCGUAAUGCAUUUAUUUUUCAACUCAUUUCAACAGAACGUGUUGUGCCGUUUAGUAUAAUGGCUUUAAAAAACUGCACAAAAAAUUUAAUGCACUUUAUAAAUAUUUUUGUAUUAAUUUCUUCGGGUCCUUAUUUAUUUGCUUCAUGAGGCUUUGUCUCUAAUUCAGGUCUUUUUGAAAGUUUCAAAAUGUUACAUAUGGUUUGAUAUCUGGAGCGAAAUAUAAAAUGUACAUGUAUUUUAAUAUCGUUAUUGAUAUAUUUAUUUAAUAUAUAUUUCAAAAGACCAAAGACCACAAGUACAUAUAUUACAUGUAUAUAUUUAACAUUUUACCAUACAAUUUUUUAAUAAUAAAUUCUUAUCAGCCGUAAGUGAUUGAUGGAUUUACACAUGUUUCAUGAAAGUUUUUAUAUUGUAUACUGAAAUGCUUCAUUUCGAUUUCAAUAUUUGUACAGUGUUGCUUUGCUAUUUAACAAAGAAGAGCAUGCGCUCCCUUUUCUGUUCUAAGACGUUUAUAUUUUUCUGUUUAACCUAUUUAUUAUAUAACUAGUCUGAUUUGAAUAAAUCAACUGUUUUCAAACAUUCCAAAAGUUAUGCAUAGUUUUUAUAUCAUGAGAUUAUAGUUUUCCAAAGAAAUUAUUUCUUAGAAAAAAGACACUUUCAAACCCGGGCGUGUUGAUCUGUUUUUCUUCUUCAUUUGUGACUUACAUUUCAGGACUAUAAAUCUUUUAAUUCUUAAAUAUAAUCGUAGAAAUUAUGUCAUGUAUCAGAUUUCCAAAAUAAAAUUCUUCUAACUUUGCAAUUAUA